GUUUCCGUGGCGUGACGAGAGUGGAUGCUCAGUGACGAAUAACAACCCUACAAUCUACAUUGCCAGCUGGCGAUGUAUCACCUACCAUCAAUAUUCAACACAACUCCUUUACUACCCCUUCAAAAUCUCAUGAAACGCCGAUGGUACGCCGAUUAUAACUUCAGUCGCAGGGACCGCACGCCCAACAAGGAUAUACCUGCUUCUCAGAUCGCAAACGUCUUUGCCCACAUCCGAGAUGUCUCUCCGAACUCCUCCCGGCUCUCCCGACUCUCCCGACUCAUUCACCACCGCUCUCCUUCCAUUUUCUCUCAUGGCUCUACACAAGGAGCGAUUUGAGGAUGAAUUUGGCAGGGAGAAAUGGGGCGAUCGCGCUUCUAGAUCACGAGUCUACGAGAAUCACGACUGGAUCGAGGACGAUCUCGAGGACCGAGUCCAGCUUAUCGGGAGUUCCCUAAACCGCGACAUGAACCGCUUAAGCCUGAUGCUUCAGAAGGAACGUAACGACGCAAGACAAACCAGCGAUUGGCAGGCCCAAAUCGACCGUCUGGAAAGGGAUCUGAAAGCUUCUAAUGCGGAGCGGGAUGCAUUACGCAUAGCACUUGAAGAGUCACAGAGUCGCUUGACCCGAGAAAACGGUGUCGCGCGCCAGACCGAAACGCUUCAGAAGCAACUCACCGAGAUGCAAGACCAGGUCAAGAGCUUGAACAAAAAAGCGGAGUCGCAGGCGGCAAUGCUUACGAAGAAGGACAGCAUGAUUCAAAAACAAACAAAGGCAUCGAACCUAAAGGUGCAGAAGGAAAAGGCUCAGCUGGAGGAGGCGCUUGAGAAGGCUAAGCGGCGGGCCGCUGAAGCACAGAAAAAGGUGCGGAACGUUGAGAGUGAGCGUGACCAGGCACAAAAGAAGCUGGAAGAAACAAGGAAGAAACUUGUGUCGUCACGGAGUAAACGAUUAAUAGCCGAAGACCAAAGCAAAGCGCUGGAGAAGCAAAUCAAAGAAUUGAAGGAUGAAAUGUCAAAGAAGAAGGAAAAGAAACACCGGCGAUUUUGGUAGAGACAAAGGAGGAAUCUUCGGUAGAAUGACGGACUCGCGUGACAUUUACUCAGCUCUUCCUCUCGGCGAUGUAUGCGGCAUACACUGUCUCUCAUUGAUGAAAAGGAAGUAAAGCAAAACUUUGAAAGAUGGCCUUAGUUCAUGGGGCAUACGUCUCGCGACUCGAUGUUUAUCCUAUUCUUUUGAUGUCUUGCGUCACUGAUUUUCUUCGUUUCCCUAAAAUCUCUUUUGUGAUAUGACACAUUGUGUACACCUGAACGUUGGAUUAGCAUAGCAGUCACAGAAUACCAA